AUGCACACUGCCAAACUUGUUAGUAUGGGUAUUAGCUGUUUGGGUGAUCUUCAACUCGAUGAUCUCUGCCAACUUCAAGAAGAACUCGACUCAUUGUGGAAGAGUGGCCAAUCGACAAUAUCAAAUAUAUUAUAUGAUAAAGUCGUCGAUGGUAUCAAUUAUGAAAUGGUACAAUUGACCAACGAUCCAUACGAUUUUGUCGUUAAGAAAAAUGAUUCUCAAUUAAAAAAAAUAGUUGUUUAUUUAACUCAACUUAAUGCACAAGGAAAACCUGUUAUUGACAAAUCGAUUUCUGAUAUUCUUAAUCAGGAAUUAGCACUUCGAAAUGUCUUAAUACCUGAUCCUACUACGACAUUUCCACAACACUGGACUGCUGUAUCAAUGAUUGAAUCACCAGUGACGCUUAUUUCUCUUUCUCGAUCCUCUCAAGAAUUUGAAGAUAUAUCAAAUUUCUUUACAAAAUCACUUCAAAAAUCAUCGGUAGUCAUUUAUUCGAUUGUCAGAGUUCAAAAUAUUCGACUCUGGUGUAUGUAUCAGCAAGUGCAAAAGGCAAUACCCUCAAUUAGUACACGUCUUAUUCAUGGAACAGCUUCAUUAGCACAUCAGAAAUUGAUUACAUAUCAUGGCUUUUAUCGAAGUUAUUGUCCAGGUGGUCUUAUUGGUGAUGGAGUCUAUUUUGCCGUUCAUGCCAAUUAUUCUAAUAAUGAUCCUUUUGUUAUGAGAAAAACUUCACAUCGUCGAGAAUUAUUUAUUUGUCAAGUAUUACUCGGACAAUCCAUCGCAGGUAGAUCAGGUUUUAAAUCCUUACCUUAUGGAUAUGAUUCUGCAUUCAAUCAUGCUGGAGAUAGAAAUGACCAGUUUUGUAUUUUCAAUCAUUAUCAAGCAUAUCCAGAAUAUAUCGUACAAUAUGACUAUGAAUAA